UCAAUUUAAUUUCUACUUUUAUAUUAUAAUUAAACCAUAAAAAUACCCAAAAAUAGCUGGGAUCUUACAUUUGGUACUCAGAGCAAGGUUUUGAUUUUCAAACCUGGGAGCAUGGCUGCGAGAGUGACAGUUGAGGCACAUAAAGAUUAUAUUGAAUCUAUGACCAAACAAAUGGCAGAAAAUCAAAAGAAAUUUCAGAAAACUUGUGAAGAGUUGCAUAUUCAAAUGGCUAAAUUGGUAGAGAAGUUUGAGCUGUAUUACCCUCUCCUUGAAGAUUCGGUAAGAAACUCCUCUGAACCUCUAAUUUUAAACGACAUUGAAGGGUUUAUAUCAAGUCAAAAAAAUGAAUCCCCUAAAAUGAAAGAGUUGAUUGUGUUUGAUGAAUUGUCUGAAAGAGUAGAAGUGGAAAAGGAAAUAGAAAAUCCUAUGUUAGAAUUAGCUAAAGAAGAAGAUAUGAUUGAAGAUGAGGUAUGCAUGAUGGAGUCGGUUGAUAGUGAAGAUAUUACUGAAAAUCGGGAAGUAUUGUUGUUUGAUGAGUCGUUGUCUGUGGAGCAUGAGAUUGAAAAUAUAGUGGAGUUUCCUAAUAUAAAAGAGGUUGAUGAUUCAGAUAGAACUUCUGAAAGGUCUGGGAAUUUCAUGAGGAACUUCAAUGUGCCAUAUGAAACCUUCAAAUUACUUGAGUUAUCCUGUGAAGAAAAUGUGGUUCAAGUACCUAGAUCGAAGGUAUUUGUUGAAAUGCCCAAGAGGAAGUUUGUAACCGGCCGGAUAGUAUACGUCGGAUCAAAUAUAUGGAGGCAUGCUACAUUGGUUAUCUUGCCAAAAAUAUUUCGCCCGUCACCUGAACCGCCUCCACUAUUUGCUAUUUAUCAAUCGAAGAGUAUUGUCCAACUGUCGAGGAAGAUGCUUAUUGAUGGGAAGGUGGACAAAGCUAAUGAAGAAGGGACUUACUAUGACUCUGAUUUGUCGGUACUUGAAGCAUGUAAUAAUUCUGAACCAUUCAAGGUCGAUUCUAAACCUACCUCUAGAAAUGAGUUUUCCACGUUUGAUGGAACAAAUCCUAGGAGUUGGGUGUUAAAUUGGACAGGCUACUUUCGGUUGGUUCCUAAAAUGUCAGACCAACAAAAAAUUUAUUUGGCAUCAUGUCAUUUUGAGGGAAGGGUUGCCACUUGGUACGGGCAUAUAUUAGAAUAGGGUAGAGAUUUAACUUGGGAUUCUUUUGUGAAUCUUGUGUUGGCUAGAUUUGAAAAUCUAAUCGAGCGCAAGAAGAUUCUUGCUGAAAUCAACCACCUCAACACAGAAUACUCACUUGAGCAGAACAUAGAUGAGUUUGAGGAAAGAAAGCCUCAUUUGCUACUGUUAAAUGCUAGUGUUUGUGAUGAAACUUAUUUCAUGAAUAGUUUUGUGAGUGAUAAAACGGAGAUGGAAAAUGGACUAAUAGUAAGUGAAGCUGAAAAGGAAUUUAUGGAAAUUGCGGUUGGAAAUGGUACAACGAGGGGUUGCUCAGUCGAAGUGCUACGUGAUUCUCACGGUUGGAAAGUAGAAUUACUCGAAGGUGUUUUAGUUUCGGUUCGGUUUAAGCCUGAGGUAUUAAGGAUGCGAAAUGAUCGCAUCGAAGAGGAUUUCAGAUCUGCAACUGUCAAUGUUGGUUCAGUAAUUUUAUUGCAGGCUUGUUCCAGGUUCAAUGUGUUGAAGCGUGCUACGUUGAUGGUCUUACCGAAAAGACCUCGUCCAUCACCUGAACCUCCACCGCGUUAUUUCUUAGUGUUGGCAGGGGUGAAAUCCAUGUUCUUGAGUUCUCUAAUUUUCUUAUGUGUUAGAAAAGCGGAAUCGAGCAAUUGCGGUUUUGCAAUGGGCAAAUUCUGUGGGGUUGUGAAGACACUGGAAGCAAAUAUUGUACUGCGUAAUUUACCAAAUCAUUUGCCUAAUUCCUUGGCAGAUUUAGGUUGGGAAAAUUCGGGGAAAUUAUUGAAGACAAUCUAUGGGGAUCAAGUUAGAAUUCAACAGGUCCGGUCCGAAUUUGUACUGAGUAUGGUCCGUUAUGAAUCAUCUCCAGAUGGGUGGGUGGAAAUUCAACUCAGACCGAGCUUGGAAGAAGCGCUUUACGAGUACACUUUAGCACUCCUAUCAUUAGGCCCUUAUUUUGGCAGUACUAACGAAGAAGCAUGGUCAUUUAUCAACGACAGAACAUCGGCACUUGAAGUAAUUCAAGAGAAUACACAUCGAGCUCCAAUGUUUAUGGAGUGGUUUACAGUAAAGAAGAAAGCAUGUCGAGUUUUUGAGGUGGGUAAGGAAGUUUACCAUAUACUUUCACGAUUUCAACAGAACAUCGAAGCACUUUGCAUGAAUCAGGAGUUUACUAUCGAUAUUUUGGUAUCUACGAAGUCAUUGGUAAGGAUGAAGAUCAUCACUUACAAAUUUAUCCUCUCAAAAUUCUGGACAAACACAUGAUAAAACGAUGUUAUGAUCCUUGGGGACAAGGAUCGUCUUCAGCGGGGGGUAAUGUCAUGACCCAUGACGGUAACGGCGGCGGCAACAGCGGUGACGACGGUGGUAAGUUGAAGAACGGCAAUAAUUUUGGAAGUGAAGUGGGAUUGAGUUUUGCAGCUGGGCCGAAAGCAAGUGGGCCGAAAUUUAUUAAUGAGUCGGGCCCAAGUGCAAUUGGAGAUUGGAAGAAAUUAAUUAAAUAUCUUAAUUGUUAUUUUCAGAUUUUAAUUAUUAUUUGAGAUUUUUGUUAUAAGGGUUGGACGAGUUGAAUGAAAGGCAUUAAGCCAAUUUUC